UUUCCGGUCAUUUUGCCAUGAACUCCCAACAAUAAAUAAAUAAUUCAUUCAUCGUGAAAUGAAUAUACGAGCGAUGACUGACAGUGCGAUAAUAAUCAUCGGGCGUCCCGCAAAGUCCCGAUUGUCUCACUGAAACUUAAGACUGCUGUCACUCUUUUACCCGGUUGAUCCCGAGAUUUAGUCCGCAGUGCUCAUUGUUGUGAUAGCCGUAAAAUUCCUGUGAUUGAUAUUAUUAAUUUUGAUUGUUUCUAAGAUGAAGUGCGAUUUUUGAGAAAUAAGAAAUUUAGAAAUUAGAAAAAAUGGCUGGGGGUUCGUUGGAGUCCGGAAGUACCUAUCAUCCACUGGGGAACAGCAGAGAAAGAUGCUACUGGAUUGCACAUAUAAAGCUGUCGAGAAUAAUCAUCUUGAUCGCUUUUAUUCUGUUUAUUGUUCCUCUCUUCACGCAUUAUUAUUUGUCACAGGUGGAGGCAGAAUCCCCAAUGAUGGAUAUUCACCGAACGCGUUCAAAGUUGGAAGCAUUUGAGGACUUCACUUCAAUGAAAGCUUCAGAUUUGAAAUCACGAAUUGAGGAGAUGCUCCGAAUAAAGGUAUCAGUGAGUAACGAGCUUCGAGACCUCGAGGCAAAACGCCAAAGGCUCCAGAUGGAAGUAAACGGUUUUACCCAGAAGAUAGACGACUUGAAACAGGAGCUCCUCCACCAGCAAACGGAUCUGGACCGCUUGAAGAUGAGUGUCGUCCAGGCACAAGCAGCUCAGCGUGAAGCAGUGGAGAGAAACACCCCUGAACUCGCCCCUCCAAAGCGAAUCCUGAUGACCUCACCCCCUGCAAUUGUCCCCAGCACUGAUCCAUAUUCCUGCAAGAUGUACAACUGCUUCGAUCACAGCCGCUGUGCUCUGACCAGUGGCUUUCCCGUCUACCUCUACGACCCAGAUCUCUUUUCAAUAAUAAAUCCAGGCUGGGACGUCGACGGUUUCCUCCGCACCACAAUCAAGCAAACACUGGGAUACAAUCCCCAUUUAACAUCCAAUCCAGCUGAAGCCUGUAUCUACAUCAUUCUAAUCGACGAGCUUCUCCCUGUCGACUCAACUCGGGCCCAGGGCUUUAAACACCCUCUGGACAUUGUCAAACUUCAUUCCCUUCCCUACUGGGGUGGGGACGGACGAAACCACAUCCUCCUGAAUUUAGCACGAAGAAAUUUGACCUUAGCGUCUGGAAAUACCUUCGCCAAUGUUGACACAGGCCGAGCAAUUCUUGUCCAGUCAACAUACCGUAGAAAUCAAUAUCGCGAGGGAUUUGAUCUCGUCGUACCACCGAUAUUGGGACCCCCCGGUGGAGAUAUAUGGCAGGAGUGUGCACAGAUGGUGCCAGCGAGGAGAAAGUACCUACUGUCCUUUCAGGGAGAAAUGAAGAGCUCCAGGUCGAAUCCAACAACGAGUCAGAUUGAUGAUGCUGAGAUUGACCUAGCGAGACUCGCUGAGGACGAGAAUAAUCUCGAUAGCUUUAUUAUUCAACAUCUCAAGGAAAUGACAAGCGGAACGACCAUGGACAAGUUUUACCUGCAAUUCGAAUGUAUUCCAGCAUCUGAGGAGCAAAAUAAUGAGGCUGUAGACUGGUAUUUAUGUGGCACUGAGUCUUCCAGAAAAGAAAUCCUCAAGGAAUCGACUUUCUCCUUGAUCUUGGCACCGACGAAUGCCAGUUACGUCUCCACAGCCUCCAUUCAAGCCAGACUAUAUGAAGCUCUAAGGUCUGGAGCUAUUCCUGUCAUCCUGGGUGGCGAUCAAAUUGUCCUGAGUUACAGUGAGGUCAUCGCUUGGAGGAGAGCUGCCAUACUUCUGCCAAAGGCCAGAGUCACAGAGAUGCAUUUUCUACUUCGUGCCAUCCCUGAUAAUGAUCUUUUGGCUAUGAGAAGACAGGGGAGACUCAUUUGGGAGAGGUACAUGGGCACAGCCCAGGGGGCCAUGGACACUAUAAUUGCCACGGUGAGGGACAGACUGGGAAUUCCUCCUCUUCCUGCUACUCAAUCUCCCAGUCCUAGUGUCUUCAAUGAGUCUUUUAUUCCUUUGAAAUCGGAUACUAUUAUUUCUGAACCCGAGGCAGAGGAGAGCCUGGGACCGCUGGAGCCUCCAUACCCCUCACCAGCAUUCAAACGAAAUUACACGACCAUGUUCAUUCAUGGACACGAGAUUUGGAAUGACUGGGUCAAUCCAUUUAAUCUCUAUCCGCAGUUACCGUUCGAUACGGUUCUACCUAGCGAUGCGAAGUUCAUUGGGUCUGAGGUGGGCUUUAGACCCAUUGGUAAAGGAGCUGGAGGCGCUGGGAAGGAGUUCAGUGAAGCUCUUGGGGGAAAUCACCCCAGGGAACAGUUUACCAUCAUCAUGCUGACUUACGAGAGGGAGCAGGUGUUGAUUAAUUCAUUGGCACGACUCUAUGGGCUACCUUAUUUGAAUAAAGUCUUGGUGCUCUGGAAUAGCCCCAAGCCGCCGAUGGAGGACCUCAGGUGGCCCGAGAUCGGUGUCCCCAUUGUUGUGAUCAAGGCAGCUAGGAACAGUCUUAAUAAUAGAUUCUUGCCUUUUGAUUCUAUUGAGACGGAGGCUGUACUAUCGGUCGAUGACGAUGCCCAUUUGAGGCACGAUGAGAUUAUGUUUGGCUUUAGAGUGUGGAGGGAGCACAGGGAUCAGGUCGUGGGUUUCCCUGGGAGAUUUCAUGCUUGGGAUCAGAAUUAUCACAAUGCCUGGAACUAUAAUUCGAAUUACUCUUGUGAGCUGUCGAUGGUUCUUACUGGUGCUGCAUUCAUUCAUAAACAUUAUACGUAUCUUUACACUCAUUGGCUGCCACAGGCCAUCAGGGAUAAGGUCGAUGAGUAUAUGAAUUGUGAGGAUAUUGCCAUGAACUUUCUCAUUUCACAUUUGACGAGGAAACCACCGGUGAAGGUGACCUCCAGAUGGACCUUCAGAUGCCCUGGAUGUCCAGUAUCACUUUCUGAAGACGACACUCACUUCCAGGAACGCCAUAAAUGCAUCAAUUUUUUCACUCAAGUUUUUGGGUACAUGCCACUGUUGAACACUCAGUACCGUGCGGAUUCUAUCCUCUUCAAAACUCGAAUACCCCAUGACAAGCAGAAGUGCUUCAAAUUCAUAUAAAAAGUUAACACAAUAAUCAUGAAACAGAUACAAAAAAUUCUUUUAAAAAAAUGCGAAGUAUUCUGCAGAAAUACUCACUGAAUAA